GGUUCGCCAUUGAGUGUGUUUAGUGCAUACAAUUUACCGACAACAAAUAAUAUUACGAGUUCACCAAAUUCGCCUGUAGGAUGUGUAAAUGAAACGAUUUUAACGAUGAGCACUACGAGGCAACGGCGAAAUAGCGGGGGUCGCUCAGCCGAAUAUCUUAGUCCAAUUCCAGAGCAGAUUUCUGUCAGUGGUGACAACCCACGGUCGCACAGAUCGCUGCGCAGUGAUGCAAGAUCUUCAAGGAGUCACUCACGGUCAUCUGUGAUAGACAGCAGAUCUCCUCGAGAAGAGAUGGGCGAACCCACAGACCACGAUAAGGCAAAUGAGGAACUCCACGAAAAAACGAAGGAAGCGCUUGGAAGUCUUAUUGUUCGGAAAGACGAGCUCGAAUCCAACGGAAUUGAGACGGAAAUGAUGUAUAAGGAGCUGCUCAAUUGCGUUUCUCCCUGGCGCAGAAAGAAGCUUCAACAAGAAGCCGGACAAUCACAGGCGGCAUUGGAAGAUGCUCUGAGAAAUGCAGAUGAGCUAAUGAAGCAAGCUAAAGGUGCAUUUGAGGCGUACCAAACAAUGCAGGAUCCUAAGCGCAAGGAGGCGGCGGCUGGUGACCUCUUUUGGAAGUCGAAGGUCAUGCACAAGACACUCACGGCGUGUGUUCAAGUGGCGUGCAACGCAGAGAGCGCCCGUGACCAGCUGGCCUGGGCCGACAAAAUGGGCAAAAUCAUGAACUCCAUGAUGGCAAUCUUCAGAAUCAUGGACGACCUGAAGCAAAAUCUAUCCAAAGAAAGAGCAUUGACAAGAACUCUCACUUCCGUGAUGCAAAACACGGCCACGGAGACAUGUACGACCUCAAAGACAUGGAGUCGUGUGGAGACGAGGCAGACAUAGCCCUGCUGCUGGCGCGUGCCAACGUGGGCGCUCAGCAGCCGGCCGACGCUGGCUCGUCCCCCAGCCGCUGGAGCUGGCUACAGGGCAAGCGCACCUGGCUGCUGCUGGUCGGCGGUGGCGCGCUGCUUGGCUGCUCGCUCUGGCUAGCGCUGACCGAGCGGUGGCCGGCCGAGGCGCUGGUCGGCCUGCUCCGGCUGCCGGUCACCCUGCUGGCCGCGCUCGGCCUGACACGCGGCGCAGAGCCCGGCCUCUGGGAGACGGCCCAGCUGUGGCUGGCUAGCAUGGUGUACGGCGUGCUCUGCUGGCUGCCUGGCAUUUGCAGCAGCGGCGAGCCUGUCAGCGCCGGCUCGCUCUGGACGCUGGCGCAGAAGUUGUCGCCCCUCUGAGGCCCUGGCCGCCAUUAC